GCUGGAUCCCUUCUAGCAAUGACCGGUUUCCAUUCGUCUUCCCAUGAUGCAACGCACUGAGUGGAAUUUUUCAAAACGAGUCAGCGAUGGCGGAACAAACAAACAGGGAGGUGGUCACCGGGAGCGUAGAGACAACGAAUACAUUAACAAAUGAUCACAACCUCCGAUCAAAAAUGUGUCUCCCAACUUCGCAAGGAAAAGGGAUCAACAUACACAUUAAAUCCGACACCAAAUGUUACGUUGCGAGCCGGACAAAAGACUUCUCAGACGAACAAUCAGCUACGGAAACCUCGGGGCGACUAUCCCAGGAAACACCGACAACAACAAGCAAAUGUAACACACCAAACAGCUCAAAGUCAGAUGAGAUUAACUCCAAAGAUAUCGUAGUAACCACGGAAAAUAAGGAAAACUACAUCUCCUGUGUUUCUGAUGUUGAUCCGUCAUCUGCAGGCAGUACCUGUCAGGUUAUCACCGAGACAAGUAGCACAGCCACCACUCUCCCCCCCCUGACCCCCUCCAAGCAGGCUGAGGCUGUCGAUGCAGAGACGCUACGGAGGGCCAGGGAGGAGGGCCGUGUGGAGGUAAUGUUCCCAGGUUUGGUCACACAGGAGGGCUGCUGCCGCUUCGUCAGUGAGAUACUGAAGUGUAUCCUUUACCAAAGACAACAGCUGCCCAUGACCUAUGACCAGCUGGUUUACUCUCAGAAGAGACAGCAAGCUGCCAUGCAGAAUGAGGAGGCAGUGGCCUGGAGGCCCGGUCAGUCCACUGCAGAAGGCCUGGACUGGAGGAGAUGCCAGCGUACCCUCCAAGACCUUGAGCAGGUGCUACAACAACUGGAAGUUCUCUUCUCCCUCUCCCUGGUCCCCCGUGUGCUCCUCCUGCUCGGCGGCUCCCUCCUCCUUCCCAAGGAGCUGUACGAAGUCAACAUGGAGGAUGUGAUACUAGCCACCGGUGACCGGAGCCUACGCGUCUCCUCGUGUCUGCGCCAAGUCUUUCGCACGCUCUUCGUGGCCGACCUGUUGUCUGACGCUAAACCUGUCCGGCUCACAGCCACGACGGUCAUGGUUCUGGCCCACAGGGACUGUGGCGUGGGGUGGUUCCGGCCCAAGCUGGAUUUCAAGGUCCCCACACGGGUGAAGAGCCAGGUUAUUUCUCUGUCUUGUGACCCCAGUCGUGUCUCUGGGUCUGGGGCGUCUGAGGGAGGAGGGCAGAUUGCCUGGCAGGACUAUGUGUGGUUUCAGGCCCCCUUGACUAUCAAAGGCUUCAGCAAGUGACAUACAAGGUACAAGGAAGGUACUCUAACCCACAGCCAUAGUAUAGUAUGAGAUGAGACAAGGUCCUGUAUUCAGAAUCUGAAAGUAAGAGUGCUAAUCUAGGAUCAGGUCCCCCCGUCUAUAUAAUCCUACUCUUACUGAUCUGAAGGCAAAACUGGGCCCGUCUUUAUGAAGUGUCUCCGAGUAGGAGUGCUUAUCUAGGUUCAGUUUGACCUUUUGGAUCACAAUGACUAACAUUAUAUGGACUAGGGCACAUGAUCCUAGAUCAGCUGUGAAUAUGGACCUGUGUAAACGCAGCCCAAGUGUUGACUGAGCGGAUUUACACAUUUGCCAUACCUUUCUCUCUCUCAGGGACCCCUGUCUCUCUGGCUGCGUUUACACAGGCAGUCCAAUUCUGAUCUUGUUUUCACUAAUUGGUCUUUUGACCAAUCAGAUCAGCUCUGAAAAAGAUCUCAUGUGAAGUUUAAAAAUGGUCAAUUGUGCUGCCUGUGUAAACACAGCAUAUGUAACCCUUAGCCUAGUCCAGGGACUGUGUUUUUAUUACAAUUCAUAUGAAAAACUUUCGGGAUCUGUACAGAAUGAUUUUUAAUGAAUUAUGUUGUCUUUUAGCUGUGUAUUUACUUUUAGCUUGGCUAUGUGCUGUAAUGAAAGCAGUGUUGGUGCUUUACUGUGUAUAAUAUAGCCUUCUAAAAAAAAUUAUGGACAGUAUGCCUACUUUUCAUCUGGUUGAGACGCAACACUGGUUGUACCUGUACUGUACAUUGACGUGUCUUGGUUUUCAAUUGCUUAAAAAUGGAGGUCUGAAACAAUAUUUUGUAAAUAUACAGUGUGUAUGUCA